UCACGCAGCACCGACCCGGUCGUGGACAGCGCGCCGAGCAGAAUUACGCGACAUUGCGGUAAAAGUAGUAUCAUACAUAUUUGUCAACGCGCCAGCCGUUUUGCGUAUUCGCGACGAGCCAAUCGGGAGCAAGGAGCUGCGAAAAAAAGGGCAACAGUUUUUGGCCAUAACUCGCGCUCCCGCGUCGCGCAGUGCUUAGGAAAUAGUUGAGACGACUGUCCAAGCAGUUGGCAAUUUACUCCGUGACAGCGAGGCAAUAAAAAACAGCCAACAGCCAAAAGGCAAAACGCGCGCCUAGCGGCGAAACACAGCGAAACGACGAAGAUGGGCGGCGCCCGCAAGCGCAAAGCCCCCUUGAUCGAGGACUGCGCCGUCGUCCCGCUGCCCCAGGACGGCGACUGCUUCUACAAGUGCAUCGCGCGCGCGUACGCGUCCGCGGGCCUGAGCGCAUCAGAUGAAGCCAACGAAAUCAUGUUAAAUGACAAGGAGAACGAGGUCAAGCGACUCAGAAGGUGCGUCAGUCGGAGGGUCGACGACGGCGUGUUUGCGCAGUUCGCGGUCGCCCAUCAAGCGGGCCUUGACGACUACGCCUUCAUGCGCCGCUUACCAGAUGCUGCUGCGUUACGAGCCAAACUGUGUGUCAGUGGUGCGGAGUCCGGCGCGACGCGGUGCGUCUGGGCGAACGAGUUCGAGAUUUCGACGCUCUGCGACGUCCUCGAGCUCACGGCGCUGAUUGUCGACGAAUCGGCGGCGGAGAACUCGCGGUUCUUGGUCGUGCCGGGCCGCGAGGACAAGCGGAGGUUGCAGCGGCGGUGCUUUGUGGUCUUGCUGAGGACGGCGCGGUCGCAUUAUAAUCUCGGGGCUUUUGACGAUCGGAGCUUAUUUGAGGGGCUGCACCAGGUCCGGAACGGUGUGGAAAUCAACCAACGUCGCGUCGAUGGCGUGGGGCGCCCGAAAUUUGAAUUCCGCACAGGUCCCGAAGCACGUGCGCGAGAUGUUUGGCCUACCAAAUGCUGACAGACGUGCGACGCCGCGCGCGCCUCGGAGUCGGCGGGGCCCGCCGCAGAGUCCGCGAAGCCCCGCACUCGACGCGCCGCCGCGCCAGUCGCCGCGGCGGCCCGCCAAGGAGGCGACGCCGCGAAAAAAGGCCAAGGUCGAGGCGCCGCCGCCACCGGCCGCCGCGCCGGCCAAGAAAAAACCUCCGUUCCGCGCCUUCGAGGAGCGCUGGGAGCGCCGCGCGACCCACAAACGGUCCGCCGCGGCCGAGAAGCAGCUCCUCGCGAAGUACGGUGGCCGCGAGUUUCGUGACGAUGAUGGCGCAUACAUAAUCUCCACCGAAAAUCUCGAGUGGUCCGCAGAAGAAGGCGAGUGGACCGUGCUGGCCCAGAAGAAGCGGAAGAAGAAGGAGGAGUACGAGGGCUACGUCGUCAACGCGCAGCUGCGGCGCAUGAUCGCCCGAUCGCUGCCCGCGCGCGACGUCCAGCGGAAAUAAGAAACACACAGUACAUUAGUGCUAGACUUUCAGCGGUCGCGCGGCCCGGGUGCCCUCGAAUGGGCGCGCCGACGUCGUCGCCACGCCGCCGC